AGCACCGAUAAGACGGGUGCAAAGGAGGGAGGGAGGGAUUUAAAGCUCUCAUCGCGAGAGAGCAGCUUCAUCAGCUGCGCAUCCACGCACACUCCCAAUAGCCGAACAUUUAACAAGACAUGCUGCGCAUUGGCGUCGACGUUGGAGGGACGAACACCGACGGUGUUCUCAUUGACGUAACUCGUCUUCACGAGCCCACGCGCGGGGUGCUUGCGCACUUCAAGGCGCCCACCUCUCCAAACGUCUCAGAUGGCAUCGAAAACGCCGUGCGCCAGGUCCUCACGAUCGCCUCCGUCGCUCCUGAGAAGGUCUCCUGCGUCAGCAUCGGAACCACGGCGUUCAUCAACGCGGUACUUGAAGCGGAUGGCCGGCGACUUGCGAAGGUUGCCGUCGUCCGGAUUUCCGGUCCCUACACUAGGCAGUGCCCUCCGUUUAUCGACUUUCCACCGCGCUUGCGUGCUUUGACAGAAGGCCAUGUCGGGUACGUUGACGGAGGACUAGAAAUCGAUGGGCGCGAAAUCAGACCACUCAAGGAGGAGCAGUUGAUCGAGCAAUGCAGGUUGAUACGGGAAAAGGGUCUGAAGAACGUGGUGCUUUGUGGAGUGUACACGGCAUUGGAUAGUGAAGGCAAGCACGAAGUCCAGGCAGCGAAGAUCAUGCAGCGCGAAUUAGGCCCAAGUGCCAACAUCGUCUGCUCACGCGAUGUUGGCCAAGUCGGCUUCCUCGAGCGAGAGAACGCCACCAUCCUCAACGCCUCUAUACUCACCUUCGCUCAACGCACCAUCCGCGGCUUCCAAGCAGCCAUGAAUGCGCUUAACCUCUCCUGCCCGCUCUUCCUGACGCAGAACGACGGCACGCUUACUAACGCCGCCUCCGCCGCGCGCCUCCCCAUUCGCACCUUCGCCUCCGGGCCGACAAACUCUAUGCGUGGCGCGGCGUUCCUCGCGGGGCUGGACGAGCACAGGGCUGGCGCCCAGCGUAAGUCGACGAUCGUCGCGGACAUCGGCGGGACGACGACGGACGUAGGCAUCCUUUUGCCGUCGGGCUUCCCGCGUCAGGCGGCGUCGUUCAUCGAGGUCGGAGGUGUGCGCACGAACUUCGCGAUGGCGGACGUGCAGUCCAUCGCCCUCGGUGGAGGCUCGCUCGUGAAGGCACACGAGACAUCGCAAGGACUCCAUGUCUCUGUCGGCCCGGAGUCCGUUGGACACUACCUCACGCGGGAUGCGAAGGUGUUCGGUGGUGACAUUUUGACUACCACGGACGUCGUCGUCGCUAGCGGUCGUGCAGAGGUGGGAACGAAAGAGGCAGUCUCGGGUCUCAGCACCGAUAUCGUUGAUAAGGCCAUGGCGAAUAUGAAGAAAAUGCUAGAGGGCAUCAUUGAUAAGAUGAAGACGUCGCCGGAAGAUGUCACUGUCCUCCUUGUGGGCGGUGGAAGCAUCGUCUCUCCGGAUCAUCUCGAGGGGGUGGGUGAGAUCCUGCGCCCACCUCACUACAGCGUCGCGAAUGCCGUUGGCGCGGCCAUGGCGAAGGUCGCUGGCGAGAUCGAUACGAUUGAGCUACUGCAGGGUCGGAGCAUUCACGACGUCAUUGACAACAUCAAGGCCCAGGCCAUCGACAAGGCGAUCAGAGCAGGGGCAGAUCCAGCCACUGUCAAGAUCGUCGAGGUCUCCAACCUUCCUGUCCAAUAUGUGACCAACCAAGCGACCCGCAUCAUCGUCAAGGCUGCUGGUGAUCUGGCUCCUGAGGCAGUGGCGUCAGUUGGUGCAAUUGACAACGCUCUAGAGGCUUCGAACGAGGAUGAGUAUAAGGAGGAUGACAAGGCGGCCUCAGCAGAUGUCGAUGAGGAAGAGAGCAUUGACAUCGAAAAGUACAAGCCGACCAUCAGACCCGACAGAUCGUGGGUUUUGUCUGAGCUCGACCUCGAGUGGAUCGCGGAAGGAUGUGGCGUCAUGGGUACUGGCGGCGGAGGCUCGACUUAUCCGCCGUUCCUGAUGGCCCGCCAGAAGAUGCGCGAAGGAAAGGAAAUCCUCGUCGUGGAUCCCGAUGACGUACCAGAAGAUGCGUAUUUCUUGCGCUGCAUGUUCAUGGGUUCACCCAGUGUAUCGUCCGAGCGGCUACAGGGCGGGACCGAGCUCCCGGCAGCCGUGCGCGCCUUGACAACGUAUAUGGGUCUCAAGUUGGACGACGACGUCUACGGCGUAAUAUCUGACGAAAUUGGGGGCGGCAAUGGGCUCGAACCUAUAAUAGUCGCUGCAACUAUGGGGAAGACCGUGUUGGACGCCGAUCUCAUGGGUCGGGCAUACCCCAAUCUCUACCAAACUCUUCCCGGUGCGUACAACGUCUCAGGCGGGUUGUGGCCUUGUGCCAUCUCAGACGCUAUCGGCAAUACCGUUGUACUGCCAAGUGCUAGCAGCCGAACGUCAGUCGAGACUAUCCUGCGCACCAUCACCACCGAACUGGGGUCUUCAAGUGGGCUGACUAUGCCUCCCCUCAAGCGAGUCACCUGUCAGAACUUCGGUGUCACCCACAGCGUCUCCCAAGCUUGGCGCCUAGGGCGUGCUGUCGCACUCUGUAGGAAGAAGAAUGACCUCAAGGGCAUCCCGUCAAAGAUCCUAGAGAUACAGAACGGCGCGUGUGUAUUCAUCGGAAAGAUUGUCGAUGUAUCGAGGGAGGUCCGCAAAGGGUUCACAUGGGGCUCAAUCAAAAUAGCACCGCUCAUGGAGGACGAGGAGGAAGAGGGAAUCGCGAGUGCGAGCAGUGCCCCAGUUCCGUAUGGACCAGACGACCGCCUCGUCAUACCAUUCCAAAAUGAGAACCUGUAUGCGUGUCUCGAGAAAGCGGACGGGAGCAGCAAGAUUCUUGUGACCGUGCCCGACUUGAUAACCGUGCUUGACUCACAAAACGGCGCGGCGCUAGGAACGCCUGACUAUCGAUAUGGUCUGCGCGUCACUGUCAUCGCUAUGGCCGCGGACCCCAAAUGGACGACCACGAGUGAAGGAUUGACUACCGGUGGUCCAUCUGCGUUUGGCCUGAACCAAGUGGAGUUCACGCCUAUUGCGAAGUACAAACCGCCUCACAGCGUCAUCGCUGAGUUUGCCUGAGAUUGAACGGCGAUGUAUGUUUCAAACACAAUCU